AUGGCCACCCACUUCCCCGAGGUCCAGGGCGGAGGCUCGCUCAUCCUUGCGUGGCAAGUGCGCAACAAGCGCAUUCUCGUCGUAGGCGGCGGCGAGGUCGCUGCUGGCCGCAUCCUAAACGUCCUGAAUGCCGACGCAAAGGUCACCGUAGUCUCGCCUGCCGACGGCCUGAACGACGAAGUCGCAUAUCGCAUCGCCCAGAAGCAGGUCGACUAUGUCGAUCGCAAAUUCGAGCCGUCGGACCUUGACGGCGUCGACAUGGUUCUUACUGCCGUCGACGACCCCGACGCCUCGUCCCAGAUCUACAGGCUGUGCAAAGAGAGGAGGAUAGCUGCAAACAUUGCCGACGUGCCUCCCGAGUGCGACUUCUACUUCGGAAGCGUGCACCGCGAUGGCCCGCUUCAGAUAAUGGUCAGCACCAACGGCAAUGGGCCGAGGCUGGCCAACAUUGUGCGGAGGCAGAUUGCGGCGACUCUGCCCCCCAACAUUGGCGCCGCCAUCCAAAAGGUUGGCCAGCUGCGGCGGAGGCUGAGGAAGAUCGCGCCGCGCCAGGAAGAGGGCCCGAAGCGCAUGCAGUGGAUGUCCAAGGUGUGCGAGACUUGGAGCUUGAAUGACUUGGUCGAGAUGGACGAAGGCGACAUGGAGAAGCUCUUGGGAUUUUACAAGCCCAAUGCCGUCCCAUCAUUCCAAGAUGUCCGAUACGGCGAGCAAUCCAGCGCCGUGGGUUCGUUUGGCGCGUUUGGAUGGUGGUGA